AUGCCCUUGAUGGAUUUAAUAGGUGUGGCAAGAUGUAGGUGUGGCUCUGUGUUUAUCGUCAAGGUCGGCCUCAAGCCCUUGGAGAGAAUCUUGUCCUUCAUUUCCCUUCAUUUUGUUCCUCUUUGCUGCAGACGGCCGGUGCUUGCCGUUCCCCGGUGAGAUGUCCGAGGAGCCCGGUACACACAUCGUAGUAUGGGCCCCGGAGUGGGACCCUGCGCUGCAGAACGCCGAUUCUCGCGGCCUGAGGGAGCUGCUCGAGCCCCAGGGCUGCUCUGAGCUCCGCAUCAGGAGCGACGACGGCAAUGAGCCUGCGACAACGGAGCUGGCAGCCGGAGUCGCCUGCCGAACCAUCACAUCGGCUGAGGAUGUCACUCGUCUGUGUCAGGAGGGGGCCGACGAGGACCUGGGCCUUGAGCUGCAUCUGGGGUCGUGCCAUCUGCGGCCUGUUGGAUUGCUGUCCUUGGUCAUCAUCGACGCCAUCAUCGGCCAGAAUACCGACGCGCGUCUGACCCUCCCUCCGUGGCCAUCCCGUGAGCUGCAGCAGGCGGUGCUCGAAGCAUUCCUAGCGGCCGGGGCCAAUCCCAACGGUCGGCCGGAUGAAGGCUUUCGACCUCUGGAGGCGGCCCACGGGUGCGGCAAGGUCACGGCCGUCGACGUGCUGCUCAGGGCUGGUGCGGUGACCCACGGGCUGCAUCUGGCUUGCCUCAAAGACACCUGCCACAUUCCGUCCCCUCCAUGUCCCCAGUACGAGGCCGAUCUGCUGAAAAACUAUCAUCGUCUGUUCGAGCACGACCCGGCGCCUGCGGACGAGGAGUACUACAUCAGCGACAACAAGCAGACCCCCAUCCACGUGGCCGCAGCGCACGAAGCCGAGCGGGGGGGGAUCAUGUCGCAUGGCUUCAUAUGCGCCUACCUUGCCCUGCUGGCCCAACACGGCGCUUCCCUCACUGCCAGGCAGGCAAACGGGUACACGUCCCUCGGCACCGCCGUACUCGUGGGUGCGCCAUGGGUGGCGGAGUGGCUGUGCGAGCGGCUCGGGAAGGAGGAGAUCAACAAGACGCGAACAGACGUAGAGGGCGUCAUGAUCUCGGUGCUGGAGCAUGCCGGGCUUUUGCUGUCCGACCGUCUGAGAGACAAGGCGGCACCGGAGGCGGUCGACAGGGCCAGGCAGGUGAUCCGCACACUGCUGCAGCACGGUGCGGACAUCCGGCUGGUGCGGAAAGCCUCACCACACCAGCGCUACAUCCGCAAACUCGUGCAGGACAUCCACAACGACAUCCCCAAGCCCAGCGCCCCACUACAACAGCAGCAGCAGCAGCAGCAGAAGGAGAGUGAUGCCGCCAAAGCGGCGAAGAUCGCCGCUGAGCUCAUCAGGGGAGAGGCGAGGGACAAGGCCAAGAAGGCCAAGAGGGGCGGCAAGAAGGGCGGCAAGGGCAGCGCACACCAGCAGCAGCAACAGCGCGAGCAGCAGCGGCCAGUAUCGAUCGAGUUUGAGCCGAUUGAUGACGACGAGGCAUCAAGCAGGUGGACUGACCCAUAAAUACACCAGUGGCGAGCCGAUCGAGAGGAAAGCUCUGUGUUCUGUCUCUGUGUGUCGUUCGUUAGUGUGGCCACUGGUGCUGUCGAGACCGACGCAGACGAGCAGCCACCCUCCACCUCAUCUGCCGACCCACAACCGUAACCACACACAGCCACAGUGAAGCGGCCUCAUUGCCUCACUGACACGCUCUCUCCCUCUCCCUCUCUGUGUGUGUGCAGUGCUGCCUCUUCAUCGUCGUGUGAUGUUUCAUCUGCCGUCCCUGCCCCCGCCACGUCGCCUGUCGAUGGUGAGGAGAGCGAUGGCGAGUUCGUGCCCGUCGUCAGGGGUCGUAAGAAAAACAAAAAGCGAGACAGCACACGCCCACACCUCCAGCCAGACCAACAAGAGCCGGCCCCCACACGCCAGCAUGCAGCUCUCACCCAAACACAGCCGCUCAAGUAAGCCGAAUGUCAUACUCACUCGGAUGGCUGCCCACUCCAUGUGUGCAUCCGUGUGUGUUGGUGUAGUAUUGGUGGUGGGCCUUUCUCGUCGUCUGCUGCACGGCGGCCUCCUGCUGGCCGUGGGCUGUUCACUCACAUGCCCACCCAAACACGCGCACACCGGUACACACACACAUGACAGACAGACAGAGAUAUGUGCAUCAUCUGUGUGUCAUGUUUGUGUAUCGUGCUGUGUGUCAGCGGCCCCCCGCCCCUCGUCCCGAUGGCUGCUAUGCCGCCGUCCAUGGGCUCCUCUGCAUUGCCCCCCCGACCGCAGCAGCCCCCUCCCCCCGCACUUGUGCGCCCACUCGCCCCAUCUGUGCGUCAGGGUGCCGAUCGACCAGCAGCAUCGCCCAGCACCAUUGACACCAACACGGCAUUGGCACACCGGACGCCUGUAUCGGCCGGCGGCAGCUCUCACGCAGAGAAUGCACAGGGCGGAUUUGGGACGACCACUGACGGUGCUGCCGAGCGUCUGGUGGGUCAGCUCCGCCAGCAGCUGAGCCAACAGGAUCAGGAGAACGACGCGCUGAUACGGCAGCUUCAAGAGGCCGAAUGGAAGUGAGCCAAUCGACAUGAGACCGACAUCCAUCCAUCUAUCCAUGUAUCUCCUUCCCCGUGUGUGACACUACCCCUCAGGCUCGCCCAGGCCACCUCAGCAUCUUCCAGCAGUGGCGGUGAGGAUGACGCUCUGAGGUGUGACGACUGCAUGGACAACUACAAGUCCAUCCUGCUCAUCCCGUGUGUAAGCACACACAAACAAACACUUUUUUUGUAUGGGCGUUAUCGUCUCAUGUUUCUUUGGUGCCCAUGUGUGUAUGCAGCGCCACAUCUGUCUGUGUGGUGGGUGUGCUGGCGUGUUGAUGACCCGCCCCCCCGCCGACCGUCUGUGCCCGAGGUGCCGACAGCCCAUCACAGACACACAGCAGGUGUACUUGUGAGUGAAGUGAAGCGAAGCGGAUGGCGGGGAGGGAGAGAGGAAGCCGAGGGAAGUGAAGUGUUUUGGUGGUUGUAGCGUAUCUCAUGUGUCAGUAGCACUCUCGUGUGAGUAGGUAGAUGUUUCCGCAUUGCCAGUUCCCUCUCAUUUAUCAUGUCUCUUUUGCCUUCCGUGUGUGUGGGGGCGUGACUUAGCUGUCUGUAGCUAGCUGUUUAUCGGUAAUGCCGUACCGUACACACGGACGUUUAUCCAUCUGUGUACUCUGUAUGUAGGUAUUUGUAUGCAUCGCACAAUGAGAGUCUUUCUGUGUGUGCCACGGGCGCUUCUGCAGUCGUCGAAUGAGCCUCAUGGACUUUAUGCGACGUACGUGGUGCAGUAGGUAGACAGACAUACAGACAGGUAGGUCCUUCGAACUUUGCGUGUGAAGGUUCGUCCUCCC